CUCUGGAAGGUUCUUAGGUCUCGCCGUCGCUCUUUACUCUCUCGAUCAGGACUUUCAGCGAGGAUUUUCGGCGAGGAGCUAAAGCGAAGGAUCGCCCUUGCGUUCGUAAGAAGGUCUUGCAUCAUGAGAACGAGGAAUCACCAUCACUACCACGGACCAUCGUUGUUCUCGACUAUCGGCCAAGCUCUAAACUUCCACAACUCCCCCAAGCAUGGACUCCACCACAACGCCGCCGCCAUCCAGUCCGAUCCUCGAGCGGCGAAGUUCGACGUAAUGCUGGUCGAGCGGCUGUCAACUUUGGAGCUGGCCUUGGCACCGACCAAGCAGAGGUUUAGCCUGGCUUGGAUGGACCAAGCGCUGGCACUCGUCACGACCACCAUCUCCGAGGCACAGUCUAUCAUCCCCGGCUUGGAGUGUCCCCUCCCGGAAGGGGACGAGCAGUGGGUCUCGGAGUACCUGGAGGAUACUUGCCGGCUCUUGGACGUUCUAAACACCUUGAGGAAGGUUGUGGGGGAUCUGGAGCACAGGCUACUGCUACUCCAUCUCGCGGUGUCUACGCUGGAGUCCGGCCACGGCACAAGGCAGGAGAGGUACGCCAAAGCCAGGAAAGCUCUCGCGGAGUUUACUUCCCCCGGUGGCUCGAGCACCACUUGGAUCGCAGUGAAGUCGUGCUGCGGCGUUUUGCGAGAGAUGCUGAAGCAGCGUCCGGGAUUUGAGAAGGAUCUUCCACACAAGGCGAGGCGGAGUUUCUUGAGCGCACUCUAUGCGGCAAAGGUGGUCGCGGUUUGCGUCCUGGGGGCGGUCGUGGCGCUGUUUAGCGGAAGCAAUGCAACACUUGGGAUCGCAGAGUGGGAGAUUCCCGACAGCUUUGCGUGGUCGCCGACGUUGCGUGCUCUCCUUGAGCUUGUGAGGAGCUCGCUGCAGCACAAGAUCACUCGCUUUUCUCCGCUGGUGGUCGAGUUUGCUGCUCUGGAGGUGGUGGUGGAAGAGCUCCAGGCCAAGUUGGGAGGAGUCACAGAUUUUGGGGAGGAAAGCGAGAGUUGCAGCGGCAUUGCUGAUGGAGCACGAAAGCUAGCGGCUGUUUUGAAGAGCGCCGAGGAGGGGCUGGAUCGAGGGCGUCGUGACAUGGACAAGCUGUUCCAUGUCAUCGUUUGCAAUCGAAACUCGCUGUUGAGUUACUUGAGACGAAGCGACUCAUAGCAAAAACGGAGUGGGAUAAAGGAAGGAAAAAACGAAGAUCUCAGUGUAAAAUACGUUCGUAUCAUAGUGAAAUGGAAUCUGUAACUUGGAUUGCUAAA